UUUUUCUUUUCUUUUUGUAUUUAACAAACACUGUAUGGUUGCCAUUAACUGUAAAAACCACCACAAAACUCUAUUAACAUCUCAAACUAAAAAUAGCAUAUAAUCUAUUAUAUUUCAAAUCAAAGCAAAUUUAACCAACCAUAUUUUAGGGUGUUUACCUUGUUUUUCAAGGGUCUCAAAAGGGUAUAUAUAAAAGUUUGACUUAAAAGGAACCAAAGUUUACAUAUUUGUUCUUUUUCUAACACCUUUACAAAAAAAUUCUUGAAUCAACCUCAUCAAAAGGAUUUUCUUGUAGCAUCAAACAUUAAUAUACCUUUUGCAAGUAAGGAAAAAAAUAUAUAAUGAGUAUCCGAACCCGAGAAAAUUCUCCAAAGGAACCGACUUCUCCAAAGGGAGAGAGGGUGAUCGACACAAGAGCGCCAUUUCAAUCUGUGAGAGCUGCUGUUAGUUUGUUUGGUGAGGUUCGUGCCAAGAAGGAAAGGCGUGAUAAUGCUAUAAAGAGAAAAUCUUCAGAGAAUGUAUUGGAAAAGGAGACACAGCUUCUCUUGACUCAAAGAGAAUUGACCAAGAUAAAGAAACAACUAGACAGCGCUGAGAAUACGAAAGCUAAAGCGCUUUCUGAGCUAGAUAAGGCCAAUGUGACACUUCAAGAAUUGACAAAGAAACUCAACACUGUGAGAGAAUCAAAGCAAUCUGCAAUAGAAGAAAGUGAGGUUGUGAAGAAUCAAGCAAAAGAACUCGAAAAGGCACUAUCGCAAAAAGCGAUAGGAUAUGAAGCUUGGAAACAAGAGCUAGAGCAUGCAAGAAAAGAGUACACUACAACUGUAAAAGAACUAGAUGCUUCCAAGACAGAACUGAACAAAAUCAGACAAGAUUUUGAUGCGGCUUUGGAGGCGAAAUUGGCUGCAUUUCAGAUGGCAGGAGAAGCGCAGCGUUCUGCGAAAUUAAAUUCCGAAAAGAUCAAUGAACUCUCUAAGGAAAUUGCAACCAUGAAAGAAUCAACUGAACAAUUUAAAUUAGCCACUGCACAAGCACAACAAGAACAGAUAAAAGUGACGGGAGAAAGAGACGAAAAGUUCAACUUUUACAAAACUUCAAAGGAAGAAAUAGAGAAGAAAAUGAUGGAACUGAAGAAUGAGUAUGAUCAUGAAGAAACACAAAGUCUCGAGAAGAAACUUCUCGAGACAAGUGCUGAGAUUCAGGCUCUUCAAGAGCAGAUAAAACAGUAUCAUGAUUCUGAGAUGGAUUCUAUUGAGGCAAUAAAUUUGGAGAUCAAAGAAGCCACAAAAAUCUUGCAGGAAAUUUCUGAAGAAGAAAUUUCACUGAGAAACCUUGUGGAUUCCCUUAAGGCUGAAUUAGAACAAGUGAAGAAAGAACAACAGGAACUUAUGGAGAAGGAAGAGGCAUCAGAAGCACUUGCAGCGAACCUAACCGGCGAACUAGAAAGUAGCAAAGAACAAGAAGAUUCUCUUGAGGAUAGAGUAUCUAAUGAAAAUCGUUGUCGUGACAUAGAAUUGAAAAUCAAGCAUUUAUCGUUUGAGACAGAAAAUGCAAGAAAAGAAGAAGAAGAGAUGAGAAUAAAAUCGGACGAACUGAAACUAGAAGCUGAGAAAUCAAAAGCUUUGUCUGACGAAAUAGAACGGAAACUAGAACUUCUAUUGAAACAGGCUGAAGAAGCAAAAGCAGCAGAAAAAAGAGCUGUUGAGGAAAUGAAGUUGUUGUCUGAUUCACAAGGUAGCGUCUCGGUUUCUCAAUCGAGUGGUAAGAUCGUAUUGACGGUUGAUGAAUUUGCUGCUCUAAGUGGAAAAAUUAAAGAAUCUGAAGAUUUGAUUGAUAGGACAGAAACAACUGCCAUGGCUCAGGUGGAAGCAAUCAAUACAAGAAGAAAUGAAGUUGACAAAAAAGUUGAAGCUAAUCUUAAAGCAAUUGAAGAAAUUAAAGCAGCAACAGAUAUGGCUUUGAGGAAUGCAGAAGUGGCAGAUUCAGCAAAACUAGCAAUUGAAAAUGAAUUAAAGAGGUGGCGUCAAGGCGAUUACAACGGUGUAUCUGAUUUCGAUUACUCAGAUAGUUCAAGACCAAUCUCGCUACACAGCUAGAAAAUUUAAGUGUUUUGAGCUCAGAAUAGAUAGAGUGAAGUCCCUCACAAAAUCAUUUUGGUUGUAGCAUUGGCUUUUUUGUCCUUCUCUUGUGAGUUGAGAGGUUACUUACAAUACAAGAAUCACUUAUGUGUUACCAAAUCUCUCAAUUCAAUAUGAAAGUUUGUCAAUGUUUCCAUCAUCAAGAAAACAUUGUUCAAAUGUGAAUGCUCAUGCUCAUUGUCAACAUCCUGGUUCCUUGAGUUUCAUGAGGCUUAACAGACAAGUUUUUGCAUAUUCCAAGGAAAAAAUAUAUCUGUAUAUGUUCUAUGUAUAGGUUUAAACAAUGACCAACAUAUUGAGAUGUAGAAGCUUCAAGUGCAUAAAAUAAAACAUAUAUAUUUGUUUCAAAAAUGCUUAUUCUAGCUUUUUGCUUAUUAUGCAUGGAUAACUUAAUUUUAAAAGUUCACAUGUA